UAAUUUCGAAUUACGAACAUGAAACAUGUACAGGUUUUCUAAAAUUCAACAAAUAGUCGCAGAACAAAUAUCUAUACUAAACAUUGAGAUUGAAUAUUUACACAUUGAAAAAACCAUUUAUGAAUUAUGCAUUUAAGUGUAAGGUAAUCUGUCCAUCGAAUACCACGGCGAAAUUUAGGGUGCGGCGAAUUUAGGCUGCGGAACGACGUUUUUGGGUAGUUUUGUGCUGCACUCGCUAAAAUAUAUGUACACAUAUAUGUAUUGUAAAUUCACGAAAAAAUGGAAUUGUCAAAUAAAUUGCAAGCUAGCGGAUGGCACUUCACCGAGGAUGGAAUAAAGUCAUUGAAAAGCGCCGUCGGCGAUGACUCCGACCCAGCCAAAAUAAUUGAAGUUGCACUAAAUCGCGACUUACGUGACUUCGGUGGCGGUGCAUUACCCAUUAAAAGAGACGACAGCUCUGGCGUCCUUCCAGGUGGCGUCGUUCUGCAGGUGCAAAGAGUUCGUAACAUUGCGGCUCCGAAGAGCAAGGAAGAGUCAAAAGCUGCGCCUCGGCUUUUGCAGCUGGAGCUGAGCGACGGCCAAACCGUAUUACAGGCCCUCGAAUUGGAGCCGGUGCCAGCGCUCAGUCUGAACGUGGCGCCUGGCUCAAAGAUUUACUUUCACGCUGAGAAACUUCAACUGCUUCAAGGGUUUCUGCUGUUGCGUGGCAGCGAUUUUAAGAUACUGGGCGGACGAGUAGACGCAUUGUACGAAAAAUGGGAUUUCGCUCGCACUAUGCUAAAAUAUGCCCGCAGCGGACGCCCGCUUAGCGGCGCGUCUGCUCCACCACCGUGGGUGACUUUUGGCAAAAACAUCGAUGCAAAUGAUGAUCGCAACUUUAAAAGCCUUGCAUCAGCUGCAGACAAAGACAAAGAUAAGCCCGCCAAGGAGAACGAGGAGUUUAACAAUAUGAGAAGCGAAGCAAUUGCCGUGGCCAGCAAGGCGGCUAUUAGGAAGGUCUUUGGCGGCGGAGGUCAAAAUAUUGUGGACCACAACAUCAAGAAAAUUCUUGAGAAAGGCUACAGCAAGGAGGAAGCCAAGACUGCAUUGCAAGGAACACGCAAUAAUUUAGAAAGGGCUCUCUUCAAUCUGAAAAGGCGCAAGGAUGCGGCAGACAGUGCAAACGAAACGCAAUUGCGCUGCGGUCGAGGAGAGCGAAAUGGCAGGGAAAGUAAGCGCGGCGCCAGUCUCAAAGAUGAAGCCGAAGCCGCAAAACCGGCAGCAAAUGCCACACUUUUCGACUUUCUCACUACCAAACUACGCACUGAUCAGAUAGCCGGCGAUAUAAGCGGUGAGUCCACAAAAGCUAGUUCCAGUACUGACAAGGCUUUGGAGAGGCAAUACGAAAGUGAUUAUAAAACAGCAUUGGCUGUAUCUUUGGCUGAGAGCAAAUCUCAAAAUAUGGCUGAACGCACGCGAUUUGAAAACAAUGUUUCGAGCAGCUUUGCUGCUAAUCGUGGCGGUCAUUCUGGCCGGCUUCAACGGGGCGGCACACGUAGUCGAGCUGGUCGUGGAGUCGGUAGCAGUAGCAGCUAUUAUGAUCGAGGUGGAGCUGUGGGUGGCGGUAGCGUAAGCAAGUCGGACACCAAUUCACGUGCAACUGAGCAACCGCAUGCCAAAAGCUCCAACCGCAAUGGCCACGACUCGAAUGCAGUGUCAAGCAAAAGCACUGAAGCAAGCAAACCCGAUAUCUCUGCGAAGGAGCCAGGGGCCAAUCGUCGUGCCAACGAGCGCCAAAACAAUCGCAAUGGUAACGCUCGCUCUGAGAACGGAAUUUCCGGCAGCAAUCACAACCACAACAGGCGCCGUCAGCAAGGCAAUGGCGCCUGUGCUGGAACAGGAAGUGUUGUUACUCCUCCUACCAAGACCGGCAAUCCGUUUAAUAGUCAUAGUGAUGAAUAUAAUAAUCGUGUGAAUAAAGUCGUCACAGACACAGCUAAUUUGAAGAUAAGCAACACGAAACGCGAACAUAGACGUGGUGGCAGACAAAGUGGAGGCCAAUCCACUCGACAGUCAUCUGAGCCCCAAAGCACUUUUUCUCUGUCCCAAAAAUCAGUGGAGAAGAGUAUUUCUGCUCAGCGACAGCAUAAAGCUCAGCAGGACAACACUCGACAACCAUCGAGUGCCAAUUGCACGCAGUUGCCAAAUGGUUACACUUAUGAUCCCAGCAAAAUAAUGGGCUUUCAAACCAAGGAGACAAAUGAGUUUGCUAUGAGCCUCUUGAAGAGUCAAGGAUUGAGCAUAGCUCCACCUCCGCAUGCACUAACUUCAGCUCAAGGUCAGACGGCAACCAAACAAGCCAAUAACAUCUCUUCUGCUCAAGCAGAUACAACCGCUUGCUUUGUGCCGUCCAACUCGCAGCCACCAGUGGCAGUGGCAAUAGAAAUGCCAUCGCCGCCUAAAGGCUUUGGUCCGGCUGGUGGUGGUGGUCCAUGCGAUCCCUGGCUAUGGAAGGGCGGCGAUUUGUGCAUGGCCAAGUAUUGGGAUGAUGGACGCUACUAUGAAGCUGAGAUAACGGCUGUAUCGGAAAAUACCUGUGUGGUGUUCUUCCUCGGCUAUGGCAACCACGAAGAAGUAUUAAAAUCUGAUAUUCUGCCCCUUACUGACGCCCAGAACAGACCCCUAACCAACAUGUCCCAGCAGCAGCAUCCUCAGUCGCGCCAUCGCCAGGCUCUGCAACAACAGGUUUAUGUCCCACCUCACAAACGGGAAUAUUAAGAGAAUAAUGGAGAUCGAUGCCUGUCAAAACUUAUUCACAGCUAAAUUAAAUGUGUCGACAAACUAUUAUAAACAUUUUCUACAUUUACAUUCAUGCGAAACUCAUUUGUAUACGUAUAGUAUGUGCACAUUGUAUACCUUGGAACAUUUUCAGUGUAAUGGACGCUCAAUUACAGAUUCCAAAUUGAAUUGUUGCAUUAAAAGUUUACAACCAAAAAUAGAGCUACGCAGAUUGAUAUUGUAAGUCGAAAAAUCGA